GCAGUGGAGUAAACUGCACCGCAGUCACUGCUCCACAACGUGUUAAUAAUGUGACUGUGGUGCAACAAAAUGAGACCAGCAUAACACUGCAAUGGGAAAAGGUUAAAAACAUCCCAGAAUACAUCCUACAGUAUAAUAACAGCACUGACAUGGAGAAGAAUAUCAGUGUUUCUGAAGAGGGACCCAUUAUAUAUGAGGUGUCUCCUCUGACUGCUAUGACAAAGUACAACUUCACUCUCAUCACUGUGUUUGAGGGAGUCAGCAGCACUGGAUACUCUUUUACUGCUGUGACAGCUCCAGAAAAUGUCCACAAUAUGACUGUGACACAAAAUGAGAACAGUAUAACUCUGAUGUGGAAGAAGGUUAACGACAUACUAACAUACAUCCUAAAAUAUGACAGCGAUAAUAUUGUUAUUGGCAAGAAUGACAUGGACGGAUGCACGACAUCAGGUGCAUCAGUUACAUGUGUGGUCUCUUCUCUGACUGCUGGGACAAACUACAAUUUUACCCUCUUUACUGUGUUUGAGAACGUCAGCAGCUCUGGAUACAACUUUAGUGCACCGACAGUUCCACCAGUGGUGCCUUGGAUCGGUGUGACUGAACGAUUUACUAACAGCAUAACUCUAGAGUGGGAGAACAUGAAUAAAGCCUGGCAAUACGAGCUUCAAAUCAAUGGUGGUGUGUCAGAUAGUGUGUCAGACGUCUCCUCAGAUACAAUCAGAAAAGUAGUGACAUCUCUUCAGCCUGGAUCACAGUAUGAUUUCAGCUUAACCACAGUGUUUGCUGGACUCAGGAGCACUCCUUAUACGAAUUUCACAGUAACAGCCAUAGACUGUGCCAGUGCAGACUGGAAAGUUACCAACUCAUCAAUCAAAGCAAAGAUUGAAGGCUUGUUUUCGACCGCAAGCGCCUAUAAUGGAUCUAACGUUCAUGUCAGUAAUGGACAUGAAAAUGUGUCAUUUACUGGACUUUACCCUGGUGCCACCUAUAACAUCUCUCUUGUCUAUGAAAAGUCUUCCAGAGUUUUCCUGCAGUGUGAACACAAAUUAACAAUUCUUCCUCCUAAUCUAAAUGCUCACUGUGAGUACUGGGCAGCUGGAUACUCUGUUCUUAUUAAAUGGACAGACCCAGAGGGCGAGUGGACCAAUGCGGAGGUGAAUGUGACUGGAAAGACUCACACAGUAGCUAGUCCUGAAACUGAGAUCACAAUCAGUGGAUUCCAACCUGCCAAAGAAUAUAAGGUGUCUGUAACUUCACAGUCUGGGGUGAGGAGUUCUGAACCGCAUGUGUUUUACUGCCAAACUGAUCCAAGGGGAGUUAUUGCAGGGUCCGUAUUUGGUGUGCUUCUUUUUGGUCUCCUGGUCGCUCUGGUUGUCUUAAUUUUCCUCAAAAGACCAGAUAUUAUUAGCAGAAAGAAGUCUUCAUUCAUUGGUGGAUCCAAAGUAUCUAACACACAGAGCAAAUCUAUUCCUGCUGCAAAGUUUCCGGACCACUUCCAUCAGCUGAGUUUGGAUGAGAACAGAGGCUUCAGCGAGGAAUAUGAGUGCCUCGCUCCUGUUGGAACAGACCAGACACGAAAGACUGCUAUUCUACCUGAAAACAAAGCGAAGAAUCGUUUCAAUAACGUCUUGCCAUAUGACUGGUGUCGUGUGAAGCUCACUACAUCAGAUCCUGAUGGAAUUUCAGACUAUAUCAAUGCCAAUUACAUGCCGGGCUACAGCAGUAACAGAGAGUACAUUGCCACUCAGGGCCCUCUGCCCUCUACUGUUAAUGAUUUCUGGAGAAUGAUUUGGGAACAAAGAGUUAAGAGGAUCGUUAUGGUAACAAACUGCAUUGAAGGAGGGCGGGUAAGUCUUCAGGAAAAUCUUAAAAUGUUUUAUUGAUAGUCUUUCAAGGAAGUUGUUGUCAGG